AUGCAGUCGUUGUGCGAACUUUCAGUCAUGUUCCCUGUUGCAGGAUCGUUUACAGCUUUUUCCACUCGCUUCAUUGACCCAUCUUGGGGAUUCGCUCUAGGAUGGAUCUACUUUUUACAAUGGCUGUUCGUUCUGCCCCUCGAAAUAAUCGCCGCCGUGCUUACUAUCACCUACUGGAACGACUCAGUACCCAAGGCCGUCUUCGUGACUAUUUUUCUUGUUUUCAUCCUCGGCAUCAAUCUUUCUAACAUCAGGAUCUACGGCGAGGCAGAGUUCAUACUCUCUAUCAUUAAGGUCAUUGCAGUUGUUGGCUUCAUUCUGCUAGGCAUCGUUAUUCAUAUCGGCGGCCCGCCACAUAGCGGCUAUAUUGGCGGUCAAUAUUGGUCACACCCGGGUCCUUUCAACAACGGUUUCAAGGGCUUCAGCAGUGCGUUAAUGACGGCAGUCUUCUCCUAUGGUGGUACCGAAAUCGUCGGGCUUGCCGCGGCCGAGACGCGUAGCCCGCUCAAGUCAAUUCCCAACGCCAUUAAGCAUAUCUUCUGGCGCAUUGCUAUCUUUUAUCUCGUCACUAUUUUGCUUAUCGGACUACUUGUACCCUCCAACAAUUCAUCUCUUAUCAAUGGCAAGAGUUCUGCGGAUGCAUCCGCUAGUGCCUUCGUUAUCGCUAUCGAGAGCGCUGGCACGACCAUUCUACCAAGCGUCAUGAACAGUGUUAUCCUUAUCGCAGUUCUCUCCGUCGGUAAUUCAGCAAUUUAUGCAUCUUCUCGCACUCUUGCAGCUAUGGCAGAGCUUUCACACGCACCUCGGGUUUUUACGUAUGUCGAUAAGAAAGGCCGACCACUUCUCUCGCUCUUGAUCGCAGGGUGUUUCGGUCUUCUGGCCUAUUUGGUUGACUUGGAAGCACACGAUACAAUUUUCCAAUGGCUGCUCUCUAUUAGCGCGUUUGGGAUCCUCUUCGCGUGGACUAGCAUCUGCUUCUGUCAUAUACGUCUUCGUAUGGCUUGGAUACAUGCGUCCAGACCUAUCGAUCGCCUUCCAUUUCGUUCAGCCGUCGGUGUUAUCGGUUCUUGGCUCACAAUAGCAGGGUACGUGAUGGUGAUGGCCUUACACAUGUGGGUGUCCAUUUCACCUCUUCAGGCGUCAGGAGAGGAGAUGAGCCUGCCGGACCGGGUACAAUACUUUUUCCUCCGGACCAUGGCUCUUCCAAUUGUGGCUGUGCUCUUCAUUUACCACAAAAUUCGUUUUCGAACACACUUUAUAAGUGUUGCUGAGAUGGAUUUGGACACGGGGCGGCGAUCAUAUCGAUUCGAUCUUGAUCGAGAGCAGGAUGCCGACGUGAGGCGUACUUGGCCGAUCUGGAAGAAAGUUUUUAACUACCUUUGUUAG